AUGCUCUCCAAGAUGUACUCGCCACGUGUGGUCAUCAUUGGUGCUGGUAUUGUCGGCACCAACGUUGCUGACGAGCUGGUUGCACGAGGAUGGACCAACAUCACAGUCGUCGACCAAGGUCCCCUGGACAUGCCUGGAGGUUCCACGUCACACGCUCCUGGUCUUGUCUUCCAAACAAAUGUCUGCAAGACCAUGACUCUUUUUGCUAAAUACACAGUGGAAAAGUUCAUGGGCCUCGAAGAAGAUGGCGAAAACUGCUUCAACCAGGUCGGUGGUCUGGAAAUCGCCACAGAUGCCGCACGUAUGGCAGAAUUGAAGCGCAAGCACGGUUACGCACAAUCCUGGGGCAUUGAAGCUCAUCUCAUCAGCCCGGAGGAGUGUCUGGAGAAGUACCCGCUACUGAACAAGGAGCAAGUUCAUGGUGGUCUUCACAUUCCCACCGAUGGUCUCGCCAAGGCCGCUCGCGCUGUUCAGCUCCUUAUCAACCGCACCCGCAAAGCUGGUGUUCAAUAUAUCGACAAGACUCCAGUCACUGGAAUCGCACGAGCUGAUGGCCACGUCACUGGUGUGGAGACACCCAACGGUGUCAUCCCAGCUGAUAUCGUCGUCUCUUGUGCCGGUUUCUGGGGUGUCGAGAUUGGUGCCAUGAUCGGUCUACCUAUUCCUCUUCUCNCCCUGGCUCACCAAUACGUCAAGACUACCUCCGUGCCCGCUCUGUCAAACNGCAACAACCCUGCGGGUGAGGCAUCAUUGCCCAUCCUGCGUUACCAAGACAGGGAUCUGUACUACCGUGAGCAUGGCGACCAGUACGGUAUCGGUUACUACGGCCACAAACCCAUGCCUAUCGUAGCCUCAACCUUGGGAGUCACCCCUGAGAAGGUCGACCACAAGAACAUGCCUUCUCGUCUUGAGUUCACUCGCGAAGACUUCGAACCUGCAUGGGAGCUCUCCAAGAAGUUCCUGCCUUGCAUGGGCGAAGUCGAGAUCGAGGAUGGCUUCAACGGUAUCUUCUCUUUCACACCCGACGGCGGCUCCCUCGUCGGUCAAGCACCANACCUCGAAGGCUUCUUUGUCGCCGAAGCAGUCUGGGUGACACACUCUGCCGGUAUUGCCCGUGCAGUGGCUGAGGUGUUGACGACUGGAAAUAGUCAAAUCGAUCUUGGAGCAGUCGAGCUCAACCGCUUCGAAGAAGUUCAGUUGUCUAGCUCCUACGUCAAGGAGACUUCCAUGCAGAACUUUGUUGAGAUUUACGACAUCAUGCACCCGCUUCAACCUCGCGACUCGCCUCGCAACCUUCGUGUCAGCCCCUUCCACGCUCGUCAGAAGGAGCUCGGUGCUUACUUCCUGGAGGGUGGUGCUUGGGAGCGUCCUUACUGGUUCGAAGCCAAUGAGAAGUUGGUCAAGGAUUUGCCUGAGGAGUGGAAGCCCAAGGACCGCGAUGCUUGGUCUUCAAGGUACUACAGCCCAAUCGCUGCUGCGGAAGCGUGGAAGACGAGAACAGCAGCAGCGAUGUACGACAUGACACCGCUGCGUCGCUUGGAAGUCUAUGGACCUGGUGCUGUCGAGCUCUUGCAGCGCGUGAGCACUGGUGAUGUUGGAAAGAAGCCUGGCGCCGUCACAUACACACUCUGGCUUGACGACAAGGGUGGCAUCAAGAGUGAUGUCACUGUUGCCAGACUCGAGGACCAAUUGUUCCAGGUCGGCUGCAACGGACCUGUCGAUCUUGUCUUCCUCCAGAAGGAGGCCAACAAGCAGAUGCAGCAAGAUCCCACAAAAUGGUGCACAAUCCGCGACAUCACUGCUGGAACUUGCUGUAUCGGUCUCUGGGGUCCCAAGGUCAGAGAGAUUAUCAGCAAGGUCAGUCAAGAUGACUUCUCGACCACAGCCAAGGGCCUGCGUUACUUCCGCACCAAGCGUGCAAACAUCAAUGGUAUCCCUGUGACCAUCAUGCGUCUGUCGUAUGUCGGUGAGCUCGGCUGGGAAAUCUACACUACAGCCGACCGCGGUCAAGCACUGUGGGACGCACUCUGGGAGGCAGGACAGGAGCAGGGCAUCAUUGCAGCUGGCCGUACUGCCUUCAACGCCCUCAGACUGGAGAAGGGAUACAGAUCCUGGGGAUCUGACAUGAACACCGAGCACGACCCUUACGAGGCUGGUGUUGGCUUCGCCGUCAAGGCAGGCAAACUGGGCUACUACGGACAAGCUGCCCUCGAGGGGCGCUCGGUCGAGACGGCGAAGAAGCGCCUACGCUGCCUGGUCGUCGACGACGGUUCCUCAGUCGUGCUUGGCAGAGAGCCAGUGUUCGUCGGCGGCAAGCCCAGCGGAUACGUCACCAGCUCUGCAUUCGCAUACACCAUCGGCAAGCCCAUUGCUUAUGCAUGGUUGCCAAGCUCGGUCAACGAGGAGGACAAGGUGGAGAUCGAGUACUUCGGCAAGAGGAUCGAGGCUACAGUCACUGCCGAACCAUUAUUUGAUCCUUCCAUGUCACGUCUGCGCGGUUGA